UAAGCUCGUUUCUACUUCCUAUGGAAGUUCCAAAGAAAUUGCGAAACUCGACGCAUCCGUCUCGUUCUUCUCGAGUUGGAGUGCAAAAUCAGCAGCAGCCGGUAUAGCUUGCGGCUUCCCUCCGCUAGAUCGCCGCGUCUCUCUCAUCUUCCCUCGCAUACAUGUGCUCGAACCGCGCUCUCAUCCCACCGCGAAUGCAGCAAUUCCAUUCCGAUCCGGCGACCCGGUUUUGAUUCCCACGCUUCUCCGCGCUCGACGAUCUCGGACCAUCGAGGGGGGAAGAGGAGUGGGGCAAUCGGAUGAGGAUGGAAGGGUUCAGCCCCGAGGAUCUAUCGACGAUCGGCGGGAUCGCGACGGUGUCGCUCCUGCAUUCCUUCAUCCCCACGCACUGGCUCCCUUUCUCCAUCGUCGGUCGCGCCCAGAAGUGGAACCUCUCCCGCACCCUCCUCGUCACUGCGUUUGGGGCAGUUUUGCAUGUAAUUUCUACUUCACUUCUUGGCAUCACUGCUAUUACAAUGGCAAAUACGAUCGCUGGCGAAGAAACGGUCCAUAAACUCGCUUCUCUUUUGCUUGUAAUUCUCGGUGGUAGCUAUGUGUUGUUGUUUCUUUCCGGAAAAGGUGGUCACAGUCAUUCACACAACCAACCUAUGGAGAAAAUGGCCGUUGCCGGUCUGGUUCUUGUACCGGCAUUAUCUCCAUGUGCGACCACACUUCCUGUGUUUCUUGCCGUGGGAAACUCAUCUUCCAUGAUGAUACUUGCCAUCAUUGUGCUGCUCUUCAGCACCAUAACUGUGAUGACCUCAUUGGUGGCUCUCUCGUUUUAUGGAGCUAGCCAGCUGAAGUUCCACUGGGUGGAGCGGUAUGACAAGCUUCUUGUAGGCUCAGUCCUCUGCUUGGUAGGAGUUUUAACUCUCAUUUUUCAUGAUCACGAUCAUGACGGCGAUGUGGGUUCUGGAGGACAGCAUGUGCAUAGGAAAGUCAUUGGGUUCUGAUGUUUUUUGUUUCUCCCGCGUAUGUCUUUGCAAAUUGGCGAUGUGUAGAAAAUGGUUUCUGUUAUCUCGAAGCCCUGCUCGUGUGCUGCUGCUUGUUCUGGCACGAGCUCGUUGUGAGACUGAUUUCCCCUCACCUGCCGGAAUCAUUCGAGCGGCACCUCCUUUUUGGGAGGAGGGGAGAGAAAUUCUGUGCUAUGUUCUUUCGCGAGAUAAAUACUCUAUUAGUCAUUGUACCAACGCUAAUACUAGUGAAGCCAAGUGUAAUUUCAAUUGCCUUUUCUUAUUGCUA